AUGGAGGCAGAGGCUCUGAUUGGAUGGCAACAUGAGAGGGCGGAGCUGCACUCAGAGGUGUCCCGCCUCCAGCUGGAACUGGCAGAGACCCGGGCCCACAAGGACCAGCUGGAGUCUAGGACCAAGGCUCUGGGCCAGCGGCUUUCCCAGUCGCUGCUCCCCCUGGAGGAUGAACACCAGGACUGCAGGAGGAAGAACAGGGAGGCCCGGGAACGAGAGGCGCGUCAGGCUUUGCACAUCCACCGGCUGCAGAACAAGAUCCUCGAGUACAGAGACCGGGUCCAGCAUCUGGAGGUCCAGGUCCAAGAGGAGCAGAGUCAGCUCAUCAGUACAGAGCACAGGCUCCAAGACCAACACAGCCACUAUUUGGAGAGCGCCCUCAUCAGGCUGGAGGAGGCGCAGCAGAGGGCCCAGGCUCUGGCCCACACCAACACUCGUCUCCAGGAGCAACUCAGCCGAUCAGAGCAGAGCAACACCAUGCUGAGAGAGGACCAAGUGAAGCUGACUACUGAUUGGUCCCGAGCCGUAAGGGAGGCGGAGCUACGAGAGAGAGAGAGCUGUGCUGCGGUGCAAAGCCACUUCCAGGGGUCGCUGCUGUCUUUGUGGAGGAACGUGGUCAUGCUAAAACGCCACUGCCACACGCUGAGGUCAUCUUCAGACAGAGAUCUGUGGCAGCUGCGUGUCGACCUGUCUGCUCUGUCCACAUCUGUGCUGUCCAGCAGCUCCCUCAGGGCGGCCCUCCCCCAGAGCACUGAGAACUUGUCCUCAGCCCCUACUCUGCCUCUGCUGACCACUCAUCCCUCUCUUCCCCUAACCUCCACUAUGGCCACUCACCCCUCUCCUCCUCCCUCUCCUCCCCUAACCUCCACUAUGGCCAAUCACCCCUCUCCUCCCCUAACCUCCACCAUGGCCACUCACCCCCCUCCGCCCUCUCCCCCCUCUCCCUCUCAUCCUUCCAUGGGCCUGCUCUCCUCUGAGUCGUGGGGGACCUUCCACCUGGAUGAGCUGGCUCCUGUGGAGAGCACACAGGUCCAAGAGGACUGUGAGAUGGAGCGGCUGAAGCAGGAGCUGCACAGCGCCACCCUGUGUCUGACGGAGGAGAGACAAGAGUGUGACAGCCUGAGAGAGAGCCGGUCUGUCCUGGUCUCCGUGAGCACUGCCCUGCUCAGCCUGGCUCGCCUCCUGAGCUGUCAAUCACCUGUGUACACUGAAGGGCUGCUGUCCCAGGACCUGUCCUCUCUGCUGGGGGUCAUCAGUCAGACUGAGAGCACCCUCCAGAGGCACCAGCUGAAACUGCAGGCUCUGGAGCAGCGAGGGCGGGAGCUGGAGCAGCAGAGAGCUACUCUGGAGGCGUCUGUCUCACACCUGCGGACACGCUGCUCCCAGGAGGAGCAGGAGCAGGCCCUCACCCUGAGGAGGCUCCAGGAGACCCAGGACCUCCUCCACAGGGAGCAGAAGCACAGCACUAGCCUGCAGCAUGAACUCCAGCAGCUGCAACUCACAGCAGAGGGGCUGGAGAGGGACCGGGCCCAAUUGGAGAGGGACCGGGACCAGGACCGGCUGGAGAGGCAGAGGGAGGAGGAGGACCAGGACGAGAGGGGACAGGCCCAUCGCAGAGUGGAGCAGGAGUUGGCGGAGCAGGUCCAGCUGAAGGAGCAGGAGAUCCACAAUCUCAAGGUGGCGCUGGAGCAGGAGCAGUUGGACAAACAGCGGGCAGAACAAGAGUCUUCAGUCACACGAGAUGCUCUCAAACAGAGCAGGGCGAAGGAGCUGCAGAUGUCCUCUUCAGAGACACUGCUGCAGAGAAAGCUGGAGGAGACACGGGACGCUCUGGACAGGAUGUCAUCCCUGACCACUGCUCUCGCCUCGGACAAAAGGGAGCUCCAGCUGCAGCUCAGUCAGGUGGAGGCUGACCUGUCUAACAGCCAAUCAGAGCUGCAGACGCUCAGAUCAGAGUUCUGUGAUCUGCAGAGGGAGCUAAAGGUUGUAGGAGAACAGUGUGAGGAGCUCAGGUGCCAGUGGAAGGCCAGCCUCGAGCUUGUGGAAGAUCUUCGGGUACAACAAACUGACCUCAAGCUCAGGAUGGAGCUGAGCGAACGAGCCACGAGCCAGCGGGAAGAGGAGCAGCAAGAGGAGGACCAGCAAGAGGAGGAGCAAGAGGAGGAGCAGCAAGAGGAGGAGGAGGAGCUGAGGAGUAUAGAGCAAUCGAGGAGGGAGCAGAAUCAGUGGGAACAGCUCAGCUCCCAGAAUGCCUUACUGAAGGAGCUGCAGGAGGCUCAGAAUCAUCUGAGGAGUCAGCAGUCCUCCCACGAGGAGGACCUCAGAGAGACCAGGAGGAUCCAGGAGCUGCAGGCCAGUGAGAGGAGGCAGAGUGAGCGGCUGGAGCAAGAGCUGCUGCAGCUGAGGUCUCUGUGUGUGUCUCUGAGACAGCAGCUCAGCCAGGUGCAGAAGGAGGUGGUGGAGGCGCAGGUGAGCUCCUCCCAGCUCCAGGCCCACGUCCAGACGCUGCAGGAGACCAAGAGCACGCUGCAGGGAGAGAUAGUGUGUCUGAAGGCAGAGCUGGCGAGGUGUGAUAAAGACCUCGUAGACGGUGUUGAGGAAAAGAAGGAAGCCUUGAGACUGCAUGCUGAGGAGAGAAGACAGGAGACAGAGGUGUGGCAGAAGAAGCUGGAGGAGCUGAACUUGGAGCUGGGCAUGAGAGACGGAGAGGUGGAGGCCCUGAGGAGCCGCCUAGAUGCUCUGCAGACUGAGAAGCAGGACAUGGACGCAGAACUUCACCAAAUCCACCGCGAACUGGACCAAUCACACAAACAGAUACAGACUUUAGAGCAAGAGCGAGCUGAGAAGGAAAAGCAGACACGCCAGAGAAUCAGCAGAAUGGAAAAAGAUGGUGAAGAGAACAAAGAACGACUGCAAAGACUGCUCCAGGAAAUAGAAACACUUACAAAAGUCAACGAAGACAAAACGUUACAAGUGCAACGGCUGCAGAGAGAGUGCGGAACAAUGGAAGAACAUCUAAACAGCGCUUUCGCAAAGGUCAAAGCAAUAGAGGUGGACAGGGCAAACUCAGAAGCUGAACUUUGUGGAAGGAUUAGGAGCUUGGAGUCUCAACAGGAAGAACGAGAGCAGGAGCUGGAGCAACUGAUGGACCAGAUGGAAUCUCUGGAAAGGCAGAACCAGGAGCAAGGAGAAGAAACAAACAGGCUUCAUACAGAAAGGGACGAGAUGGAACAGCGCUUCUUGAUGACUUCAGACCUUCUGGAAAAGUUGAGAGAGGAGAAGCAGAGGCAGGAUGUGGAGCACAAAGGGCAUCAACUGCAGCUUCAGAAACUGUCAGAGAAAGUGAAAGAUUUGGAAGAACUGAAGAGACAGAAAGAACGUGAGCUGGACCAGAUUCAAAAGGUACAAGAUCAGAGGGAGGAGCAAAUAAAAGCCACUGAAGAACUCAAACAAAAGGAGAUACAAGAGCUGUCCAAUAACUUACACAAAAUGGUUAAACAGGCAGAUGAACAGUUGGAGAACGAGAAGAGAUUGUUAGAUAAAAUCGCAAAUAUGGAAAAGGCAGAAGACAACAAAGAUCUGCAAAUCCAGGAGCUUCGUAUAGAGUUGAAGAGCAUAGAAGAGCAGGCAAAAGACAAAGGGUUAGAAAUAAAACACUUGCAGAAAGAGUAUGCAAUUCUGAAAGGACAGUUGGAUGCUACUUUUGCAAAGUCUGAAGCCAUUAAGGAAGAUAAGGCAAAUUCAGAAGCUGAACUUUCCAAAAGGAUAAGAAUCUUUGAGGAUCAAAAGAAGGAACGAGAGCAGGAGCUAGAGCAACUGAUGGACCGGUUGGAAACACUGGAGCGACUGAACCAGGAAGAAGCAGAAGAAACAAACAAGCUUCGUACAGAAAGGGACGAGAUGGAAGAGCGGUGUUUGAGGAUUUCAGACCUUUUAGAGAAGGAGAGAGAGGAGAAGCAGAGGCAGGAUGUGCAGCACAAAGGGCAUCAACUGCAGCUUCAGAAACUGUCAGAGCAAGUGAAAGAUUUGGAAGAACUGAAGAGACAGAAAGAACGUGAGCUGGAGCAAGUUCAAAAGGCACGAGAUCAGAGGGAGGAGCAAAUAAAAGCCACUGAAGAACUCAAACAAAAGGAGAUACAAGAGCUGUCCAAUAACUUACACAAAAUGGUUAAACAGGUAGAUGAACAGUCGGAGAACGAGAAGAGAUUAUUAGAUAAAAUCGCAAAUAUGGAAAAGGCAGAAGACGACAAAGAUCUGCAAAUCCAGAAGCUUUGUAUAGAGCUGAAGAGCUUAGAAGAGCAGGCGAAAGACAAAGGGUUAGAAAUGCAACACUUGCAGAAAGAGUAUGCAAUUCUGAAAGGACAGUUGGAUGCUACUCUCGCAAAGUCUGAAGCCAUUAAGGAAGACAAGGCAAAUUCAGAAGCUGAACUUUCCAAAAGGAUAAGAAUCUUUGAGGAUCAAAAGAAGGAACAAGAGCAGGAGCUGGAGCAACUGAUGGACCGGUUGGAAACACUGGAGCGACAGAACCAGGAAGAAGCAGAAGAAACAAACAGGCUUCGUACAGAAAGGGACGAGAUGGAAGAGCGAGGUUUGAGGAUUUCAGACCUUCUGGAAAAGUUGAGAGAAAAGGACAGAGAGGAGAAGCAGAGGCAGGAUGUGGAGCACAAAGGGCAUCAACUGCAGCUUCAGAAACUGUCAGAGCAAGUGAAAGAUUUGGAAGAACUGAAGAGACAGAAAGAACGUGAGCUGGAGCAAGUUCAAAAGGCACGAGAUCAGAGGGAGGAGCAAAUAAAAGCCACUGAAGAACUCAAACAAAAGGAGAUACAAGAGCUGUCCAAUAACUUACACAAAAUGGUUAAACAGGCAGACGAACAGUCGGAGAACGAGAAGAGAUUAUUAGAUAAAAUCGCAAAUAUGGAAAAGGCAGAAGACGACAAAAAUCUGCAAAUCCAGGAGCUUUGUAUAGAGCUGAAGAGCUUAGAAGAGCAGGCAAAAGACAAAGGGUUAGAAAUGCAACACUUGCAGAAAGAGUAUGCAAUUCUGAAAGGACAGUUGGAUGCUAAUUUUGCAAAGUCUGAAGCCAUUAAGGAAGACAAGGAAAAUUCAGAAGCUGAACUUUCCAUAAGGAUCUUUGAGGAUCAAAAGAAGGAACGAGAGCAGGAGCUGGAGCAACUGAUGGACCGGUUGGAAACACUGGAGCGACAGAACCAGGAAGAAGCAGAAGAAACAAACAGGCUUCGUACAGAAAUUGACAAGAUGGAAGAGCGGUGUUUGAUGACUUCAGACCUUCUGGAAAAGUUGAGAGAGAAGGAGAGAGAGGAGAAGCAGAGGCAGGAUGUGGAGCACAAAGGGCAUCAACUGCAGCUUCAGAAACUGUCAGAGCAAGUGAAGGAUUUGGAAGAACUGAAGAGACAGAAAGAACGUGAGCUGGAGCAAGUUCAAAAGGCACGAGAUCAGAGGGAGGAGCAAAUAAAAGCCACUGAAGAACUAAAGCAAAAAGAGAUGCAAGAGCUGUCCAAUAAGUUGCGAGAAAUGAUUACGCGAGAGGAAACUUUAGUGGAGGAGAAACUGGAGCAGGUGGAGAAGGUGAAGAAGUUAUUGCAUGAAAUCUCAAAUAUGAAAAAGGCAAAUGAAGAUCUGCAAAUCCAGAAGCUUCAGUGGGAAGGGAAUAAGGAGGAAAGACAGAUGCUCCAGAGAAUUGCUAGAUUGGAAAAAGAAGGUGAAGACAGUCAAGAACAACAUCAGAAACUGCUCCAGCAAAUCGAGAAGCUGACAAAAGUUAACGAGGACAAAACGUUAGACAUGCAACAGUUGCAGAGAGGACGUGAGACGAUGGAAGAACAUUUAGCCACUGCUUUAGAGAAGGUUAAAGUGAUAGAGGAGGAAGGGGCGAAUAAGAAAACAGAACUUUGUGAAAGAAUAAGAAGCCUAGAGGAGCAAGACAAAAAACAAGAGCAAGAGCUUAAGAGAUUAUCUGAUGAACUCGCAAAUGUGAAAAGGGAAAAUGAAGUUAAGGAUUUGGAAAUCCAGAAGCUACAGACAAAACUGGAAUUGGCCAGACACCAAAACGAGGCGCCAGAAGUCGAUGCACUCCCGGUACGUCAAGGACAAAAUGAGCAAACGCUGGUGGAAAAACUAGGAAAAGCCAGUCAGACGGAAGAUGAAGAAAAGCCCACAACAGACAAAGACGAGAGGGUCCUGAGGUCAGAAGAGGAGCGAGCGCAGAGGGAGCUACAGAGGGUGGAGCUGAGCGUCAUGGAGGAGCAGAAGGAACAGGCAGAGGAAGAGGUGAGGCGUCUAGAGAGACUCCUGGAGCGCCAAACCAGCGCUGUCCAUGAGCAAGAGCGAGAGGCGGAGCGACACAGGGCGGAGGCAGCCAGGUGGGCGGAGCUACUACACAAUGAGGAGCUACAGAGGCAGGCGCUGGAAGUGGCUUUUGCAAAGUCAGAAGAAGACAAGAGUGGCCUGGAGAAACAGUUGCAGCACACUCAGCAGGAGCACACCGAUGUGUGCGCAGACGCAGAAGAGCGCACACGGCAGCUCCAGAGGUGUGAGUCAGAUCUUCAGGCUGCUCUUCAGCAGCAACAGCAGACGUCUCAAAGAGCAAAGCAGCUGGAGGAAAAGUGUGCGAAGCUGGAGGAGGCAAUGGAGGAGGUGCAGGAGCAGAGGGGAGAGGAAGAGAGGAGGCGUCUGAGGGAGCUCACAGAGCAGCUGGGGAAAGAGGUCCAAACACGACAGAGACUGGAGCAGGAGGCCACAAAUCUGAGCUCCAGACUGGAGGAGACACAGCUGCAGGAGAGCAGGCUGAAGCAGGAGGUGAACAGGCUGAGGCUUCAAUCACAGGAGAGUCUCGCGGAAGCGGAACGCCUCAAGAGCGCCCUCCACCAGCGAGCAGAGGAGCUGCAGACGCUGGCGUCCCAAAGGCCCCCAGAGGACAGUAGGCAGGAGAGGCUGAGGGCCCGGGUCUUGGCCCUGGAGAGUCAGAGGACAAAGCUCCUGCAGAAGCUGGACCAGUCCCAGCAGCACCUCAGAGAGUCCAGGGAGGAAGAGACACUCUGGGACCCCCAAGGACAGGGGACAGAGACGGGCCCAGCAGAGAGACUGGACACUCUGCAUCGUAAAGUGGCUGAACUGGAGCUGCAGCAAAGACGCAUGGGGCAGAAGAUUAGCCGUCUGCAGCAGGAGAACCACCGGCUGAGGGAGGAGAGGAACACCUCGAGGGAGGCCUUCACACAGGCGGAGCUGCGAUGGUCCUGGACCCAGAGGAGGCUCUCGGGCCACGCCCCUCUGACACAGCAGGCCCCGCCCUCAGAGGAGGGGGAGGAGCUGAGGAGCAGAGUGCGGGUACUGGAGGAGCUAGUCAGGACUCUGGAGGAGCAGAAGGCCCACUUCAUCCUGGAGCUGUCCCAGAACCAGCAGCAGCUGCGCUGGUUACACGGAGACCUCAGUGCUUCACUCACCGCCGUGACGCACCGCACCACGCCCACCGUCCUGCACAUCCAGACGCAGCGAUUGGACCAGAGCCUGCGGGAGGAUGAGCUCCGCAUGUCCCUCAGAGAGCUAUGA